AUGGUCUACUUGUCAUCUUUUUUCUGGCACCGCCUUCUCUUGGCUACCACGACAACAGCCUCUCCCAGAUAUGGUCAUCAUCACAAAAAUGCCCAUAAGCAUCAACGGGCAACCAAUGAUGCUACAAUACAGGAGUCUAUCUGUCUACCGAUUCCAACAGCCUUUUACCAUCAAGACGAUGUAGUCGCCAAGACCAAGCCUACCGAGGGAGUAUAUAAGUUUUGCAAGAUUAUUAAUAAAGAGGAAACGAGCUGUCAGAGCAAUUGCGAACAGCCUAAUAGGGGUGUAUCGGGCGGUAAUAUUCAAAAACGCAUUAUUAGAUACUACGAGGCGUGGAACUGCCAGAAGAACUGCAUUGGCAUGAGAAGGCAAGACAUUCCAGUCGGCAGUUUGACUCACAUAUACUACUCAUUUGGGUACAUCCGUCUAAGCACAUACGAUAUUAUUCCUAUGGACGACGGCAAACCUCUCUCCACAGAUACCUUUACUGAAUUCGCUAGUCUCAAGCAAAAGAACCCAGGACCUAAAGUCUUCAUUGCCCUAGGAGGCUGGACCUUUAAUGAGAACAACACGAUAUGGCAGCCAGUAUUUAGCGACUUAUCCUUAAUACCUACUAAACGAGCACUAUUCAUAGAAAAGCUCCUUACCUUCCUUAAUUGUUACGGCUUCGAUGGUGUAGACUUGGAUUGGGAAUAUCCGGGAGCUCCCGACCGUGGUGGGAAUCCUGAUGACGGCGAAAAUCUUACUGAACUUAUGGAGGAGAUGCGUGCCGAGUUUGACAAGUUAGGUGGCUCUUAUAAAGGAAUCUCUUUUACACGUCCUACUAGUUACUAG